AUGAGUGAUCACUACGAGAGUUACAGAAAAGACAGGAACAGCAGCAUCUCUAGUACCAGCAAGCGGAAGAGAAGCGACAGUGGGUAUGAUAACCAUGAAAGGAAGAAGGAGCACCGCGAGGAGGGGACCUACAAAGGAGCCAAACCGGUGGAGGAGGACGAGGAGGAGGAAGCGAGCUUUGCCAGGGAGAUGCAAUCGUAUAGGGAGCGCCUGAGGGAGCAGUGGGGAGACCGGAUAAGGCACAACAGAGAACGCGAGAAAGAAGGCGAGAAAGAAGGCGAGAAAGGACGCGACAAAGAACGGAACAAAGAACGGCACAAAGAACGGGAGAAAGAACGGGACAAAGAACGGAACAAAGAACGCGAUCGACAAGGUGAAAAAUCUUCCCAACGAGGCUACGAACGAGAGCGCGAGCGGGACCGCCGCAGAGACAGGUCCCCCGAGGAGCGCCCCAAAAAAACCAAGAAGAAAGAACACAUCUCCCACAGCAGCGACGAAGAAGACAAACACUACGACCGCAGAAAUGGCAAAAGCAGGCACCGAGUGAGCAGCGGAAGGCACCCAGAGGACGCUGCGGCAAAGAGGGCGCAGCGCGAGAGGGAUAAAUACGAAGCGAAGGAGAGUCGUGGGGACAAGAGGAGGCGAAGGAAACGCAACACCAGUGACGAUAGAAGCGACGAGGGAAGGAAGCAGCUUCUCGGAGAAGGACUCAAAGGAGAAAAAGAAGAAGAGAAAAAAAAAAAAAAAGUCGACUCAUCGUCGGACGAGGGAACCAGCACAGGGAGGGAGGUGCACAGAAGGAAGGAAAGAGGAAGCAGCCCGAAGGAGGUGCAAAAAAGGAGGGAAAACGAUAAAAAGGAAAGGGGAAGCAAUGAGGGUGAUGAUAGAGAACGACCCAAGGGGGGAGAAAAAAAUGGAGCAGCGGUCAUUACUGCCGCUACCGCCGUCGAAGCGGGGGCCAAGCUAGACCGAGAAGACGAAAAGAAGCUCUCCAGGCUGGAGCGACUCAAGCAGUUCGCGGAGAAGAUCAAGAAAAAGGGCAGCGAUGAGGCGAACCCUAAGGCCGGCGCGAGGGCCACGAAGUUUACGCUUAACACGGGCGUCAACAGCGCCAGCAGGAAGAUUGACCUGGAUGUGUUUGGGGGGGGAGGGCCAGACGAAGACGAAGAGGAUGUUGAGGAGGGGGAGGAGAAUAAGAAGCAGGUGAAUAAGCAGUGGAAUCUGAAGGAGGGAGAUAAGAAGCAGGAGGAGAAGAUGAAGAAGGAUAGUGCCACACGUCGGGACCUGAUUUCCAAUUCUCCCAGCAGGAGAGACGGCGCAAAAGAUCCCGCGGAGGAAUCACCCGCGACGGAAUCGCCUGCAGCGGAGGAUAAUGAGGAGGAUCCCCUCGAAGUGUUCAUGCGAAACUUGGAGAGGAACUGCGCGGGCGAAGAGGGAGAGGCGAUGGGCCCCAACCAGGCCAUAACAUUGGAGGAGAUUUACAGUUACGAAGCGAACCGGCAUCGAUUCGAGAGGGCAAAGCACCUGGGGGGAGCAAAGCACCUAGAGGAACAGCCCCCCGGAGUGGCCGACGAUUCGGGGGAAGUCGAUAAAGAGGUGCAGCAAACCGAUACGCAGCCGCCAGAAAGCGGCGAUCUGGAAGACGACCAGAACGGCGAGGAAUACCACCGAUUGUUCAUAGAAGCGCUGAGGAGGAAAGCCGAGGAGGAAGGCGAGGGCAGAGGGGCGUCGGCACCCCGUCGAGGAGGGAGCAAUGCGGGGAGCGGCCAAGGGAACGGCGAAGGGAAGGACGAAGAGAUCAACGCACUGAACAGCGAAGGGAGCAGCGAGCCCAUCGAAAACCUUAGCGAAGACAGCGAGUAUAACAUCGAAACGAAUGCUCUAAAGAAAACGAACAAGAAGCUGCUUCAAGUGAACCGGGACCAGGUGGAGUACCUGCCGAUAAAAAAAAACAUCUACGUGCAGGUAAGCGAGAUCACAAACAUGAAAGAGAGUGACGUGGAUCUCUUUCGGAAGAACAAUGGAAACAUAAUCGUCAGGGGAAAGAACUGUCCACGGCCAGUACAGUACUUCUACCAAUGUGGACUGCCAUCUAGAAUCUUACCCAUCUUGGAGAAGAAAAAUUUUAAAAAAAUGUUUGGCAUACAGAUGCAGACAAUCCCAGCCUUGAUGUGUGGCAGGGACGUGAUCGCCAUUGCUGAGACGGGGAGUGGAAAGACGCUAUCGUAUUUGUUUCCACUGAUAAGACACGUGCUUCACCAACCACCCCUUCGAAAUAAUGACGGACCAAUCGCCAUUAUACUUACUCCGACGAGGGAGCUAAGCAAGCAGGUGAAGAGUGAAGCGAGGCCCUACUGUCAAGCGGUGAAUCUCCGAAUCUUGGCUGUCUAUGGGGGGUCAAAUAUUGGCACACAAUUAAACACACUGAAGAGAGGAGUAGAAAUACUGGUUGGUACCCCUGGUCGUAUUAUUGAUAUACUAACGAUAAGUAAUUGUAAGGUUACUAAUCUGAAUAGAGUCUCCUUUGUCGUCUUGGAUGAAGCGGAUCGGUUACUAGAUCUCGGGUUCGAGUCUCAAAUACAUAACAUAUUAAAUAAUUGUAGGAAAGACAAACAGACGGCGAUGAUUUCUGCUACCUUCCCGACUUACAUCCAGAGUCUAGCCAAGAAGUUGCUUUACAAACCAAUCGAAAUUAUUGUCGGGGAGAAAGGAAAAACGAACAAUAACAUAUAUCAGUUUGUAGAGGUCCUACAAGUCACACAGAAGAUUUUUAGGCUCCUAAAGCUUCUUGGAGACUGGGCUACCUACGGAUUGAUCCUCAUUUUUGUAAACAAGCAGUUAGAAGCGGAUCUUCUGUACUUAGAACUAUUUAAGUAUGAUUAUAAGACGUUAGUCCUGCAUGGGGGGCAGGAUCAAGCCGAUAGAGAAUUCACUCUCCAGACCUUCAAAGAAGGGAAGAACAAGAUUCUGAUUUCCACUUCUGUCAUGGCAAGAGGUAUCGACAUAAAGGACAUCAUCGUCGUUAUUAAUUAUGAGUGUCCUGAUCAUAUAGAAGAUUACAUUCAUCGUGUUGGUAGAACUGGUAGAUCUAACAAAAUUGGGUAUGCCUACACCUUUGUGACCCCGGAGGAACAGGGCAAGGCGUAUGAUAUAUACAGCCUCAUUAAGAACAACAUAUAUUAUAUGAACAAAACGAUUGACAUUCCGAGAGAGCUGGAAGAGCUCGUUCGGGAAUAUACUCAAAGCAGUAACUUUGCUGAGGUUAGAAAGAAGGGCUACAAGGGCAAGGGGUUCAAGUUUACUCCGAAUGAGAAGUCUCGCCUUCAGAUGGAUAAGGCCAAUGCCAAGAGGGAACUCGGCUUGGUGCGCGACAAGGAGGGGGGGGUGGACAACCCUCCAGGGGGGGACGCCUCCGACGGGGAAGUCGACAGAACAGCGGGAUCAGCGGGAACAGCGGGAACAGCGGCGGCGGGGGAAGCUUCCAUGCCAGGGGGGAUCGCUCCUCCACAUGGAACUCCCCACACGGGUGCGCCACUAAAGCAGACGGGACCGCAACAGAGGCAGCCACAACCGCCACCCCCCCCGGGAGAGCCCAGUCCACAAAGCGAAAUAAAACGAAUCGAACUGGAAAUACAGAGGAUCAAAAUGAACGACACCAUGGACCUCUCACUAAAGGCGAAGCAGAUAAACGAGCUGAUGAAGACCUACAACUUCAUGGCGCAGCAGCAGAGCACCCUCAAAAAAAAUGCAGACGCUACAAAGGAAGCCGACAUAGAGAAAAUGGCCGAACAGGAGGCCGCCAAAGCAACCGAACACAUAAAGGAUGAAACGGAGAGACAGCGACUCUUUAACAAAGUAAAGCAAGACGUGAAGAAAAGACUAACCGACGCCAAGCUGCAGAGUAACUCCAAAACGGAAAACAUUCAUAGGAAUAUGCUUCUAAAUUCGAUGAGGACACGAAAUAUGAAAAAAUAUUCUCCCUUCAUUCCACACACCUAUGUUAUGGAGGACAAUUCUAUCAUGCAGGAGUUCUACAUUAAUGAUUAUCCGCAGCAUGUGCGGCUGAAGGUAUGCAACCGGGAGGUACUCUCUCGCAUUUCCGACAUGUCUGGUUCAAGGUGCCAGAUAAAGGGCCAAUACUUUAACCCCACUCAGCCAAACAAGACCACCUUCCUGCUGGACGCCAAACCGCUACACAUUGAAAUCACCGCGUCCAACUACAACCAGGUGCAGAUUGCGCACAACGAGUUAACGUCGCUGAUUAAUCAGUUACUGCAGAAUAGCAACAUGAAGGGGCACCGCAAGGGGUGA